AUCCCCAUUUCGCCCAAAUUCGCCGCGCAUGUUGACUUUCGCCGAAAGAAUAAUUUGUUGCUGUGAAAAUUGCGUUUUCUCUAUAAUCUAGCCGAGGGGAAAGUGAAAAUUGCCUAUUUAUCGUCAAUUUUCACUGUAUUGGGUGACAAGUGAGGUUAAGUCUGUCCGCAAGUGUGCGUGCACAUCUCACAAUUUGACGAAAUUCCCCGUGAUUAUGACGCUACCUGUGGACGCAUCAGCGCUGGUGAACGGAGCAGCGAUUCUCUUAUCGUUUAUCGCCGGCUACAAAUACGCCCAAAUGGUGUCUGAGAGGAAGUGUCGCGAGCAGAAAGACGAGGCGUGCGGAAUGGACAGAGACACUCCGAUCUUCCGUGACAACGGAGAGUACAAGAUGAUCUUGGUGGUGAGGAAUGACCUGAAGAUGGGAAAGGGGAAAAUAGCCGCUCAAUGUGGUCAUGCUGCCGUUGGAGCUUUCCAGACUGCCAUGAAGAGAGUUCCUCACAUUGUGCGCCGAUGGGAGAAUUCCGGCUGUGCUAAGAUCGCCGUGAAGGUGGAAACGGAGGAAGAGAUGAUGCAUCUGCGCAGGAAGGCAGACAGCAUGAGGCUCACCACGUGCCUCAUUCGCGAUGCCGGACGCACACAAAUCGAGCCAAACAGCAAGACAGUCCUGGCCAUCGGACCAGCACCGUGCCAUGAAGUCGAUCAAGUCACAGGGCACUUGAGAUUGCUCUAG